CAAAGGCUGGGGAGCCCUAGCAACAGAGGCGGAGCUUAACAACGUUGCAGACUCAGUCCUCCAGCUGAACACACAAGGUCAACCCAUUCCUGGAUUCUGUCUCCACCUGACGAGAAGGUGCAUCUACUCCCACUUCUCCCUCAGUCUGUCUGCUGAAGAAAUCCCGAGAUCUUAAAAUGUGAGCCUUAUCUUAAGAAAUAGUCUAUCAAACAAAGCAAGGUCAGGAAAUUAAUCAAUGGAAAAUGAUCUGGUUUUCACAGUUGGGUUUGAGAGAGAUAAGAGACGUGAUAUUAUAAAAGCAAGCAAAACUACACUGCCACCUCACCAUUUCACAGGAGAACCAAGAUGUGGCCUUUAUUGCUUCUCAUAGGUGCCUCUUCUGCUUUUGCUGAAACGACAGUUCACAGAUUUGAUGGGGAAAAGGUUUACCGUGUUACACCCCGCAAUGAAGAUGAAGUACAUGCUCUCAAUUACUUAGCCAAUAUUAUGCAGGUUGACUUUUGGCGACCAGAUUCUGUUGAACUAGUGAAAGCAGAAAUGACUGUUGAUUUCAGAAUUGAAGCAGACAGAUGUUCUGAAGUUGAAAGCAUUCUACAGCAUCGUGGGCUGAACUAUGAAAUUUUAAUUGAUAAUCUUCAGGCUGCCCUUGAUAGGCAACUGGACAAUCGUGCUCGGGUUGCUGGAUACAAUUAUCAAAAAUAUAAUAGAUGGGAAAAGAUAGAUGCUUGGACACAUGAUAUUGCCAAUGAAAAUCCAAGGCUUGUUUCCCGAUUACAGAUAGGAACAACUUUUGAGGGACGUCCAAUGCCCCUCCUGAAGAUUGGGAAGCCUGGUGAAAAUAAAAAAGCUAUCUUUAUAGACUGCGGCUUUCAUGCCAGAGAAUGGAUCUCACCUGCUUUUUGCCAGUGGUUUGUACGAGAGGCUGUUCGGACCUAUGGAAAGGAAACCAUUAUGACUCGGCUUCUGAACAACUUAGACUUCUACGUCUUGCCUGUCUUGAAUAUUGAUGGUUAUGUCUAUUCUUGGACAAAGAGUCGCAUGUGGAGGAAGACUCGUUCUGUAAAUGCUGGUACUACAUGCAUUGGUACUGAUCCCAACAGAAAUUUUGAUGCUGCAUGGUGCACUGUUGGCGCUUCAACAAACCCCUGUAGUGAAACCUAUUGUGGUAGUAAACCUGAAUCAGAAAAGGAAACCAAAGCUUUGGCUGAUUUUAUUCGAAGAAACAAGUCAACUAUCAAGGCUUACUUGACCAUUCACUCUUACUCCCAGAUGCUCCUUUAUCCAUAUUCUUAUACUUACAAUCUAAUACCAAACAAUGUACAACUGAAUUCUAUUGCUAAAGGAGCCAUUAGAGAACUAGCAACAUUGUAUGGCACCGAAUAUACGUAUGGUCCAGGAGCUGCAACAAUUUAUCCUGCUGCUGGUGGCUCAGAUGAUUGGGCUUAUGAUCAGGGUAUACAAUAUUCCUUCACCUUUGAACUUCGUGACAAAGGCCGAUACGGUUUUGCUCUUCCUGAAUCUCAGAUAAAGCCAACUUGUGAAGAAACUAUGGUUGCUGUUAAAUAUAUUGCUGAAAAUAUCCUUAAUUAUCAAUACUAAGCUUUCAUGCUAAAUAAAUAAAAUAUAAUGCAGAAUUUC